UUGCCUGCCUUUCUCCAACGAUCACUAUUGUCUCAUCGCUCAUCUUGCAUAAGGCGGAAUUUUCUUGUUAAAUGAAGAAGAGUGAAUUUCCUGCAAGAAUUUGAGCUCAUCAUACAUACAUAAAUGUACUUGCAUCUUCCUUGGCGGAGUUCGUCGCUCUACAAAAACCAUCUUUCUGCAGUGCAGGUGAUGGAUCCGAGGCAAACACUGCUGUUUCCCCACCAUUCCACGGUCGAGUGUUGUGGCUUCAUGAGGACUGAACCGGGGGCGUCUGACGAGUCGGCGGGCACGUCGCCCCUUAGAGAUAAUGCCGACCUGAGCGCGAACCUUGCGGCAUUUGCCUACCUGCAUUUAUACCGUUGGCAAGCGCUCAGCAAUUCUGGCCUGCCUCUACCCAGCUUCUUGCCCGUAAGUCCGGAGACGCAGCAUGUGCCCAAGAAGCGGAGGCCACGCGCCCGAGUCAGCCCUGUAGUAGUCGAGGCCCCCGCCUCCCCGGCAGUAAUGGACCCUGGCCCGUCAGACAGUCCGGACAACUCACCCGCACCUACUCGCAACAAGACCUUCCAGUGCAAGAUGUGCAAGCGGACUUUCGGCUACAAGCACGUGCUGCAGAACCACGAGCGCACGCACACAGGUGAGAAGCCGUUCGAGUGCCCAGAGUGCAAGAAACGCUUCACCAGGGACCACCACCUCAAGACGCACAGGCGGCUGCACACGGGUGAGAAGCCGUACACGUGCAAGCACUGCGAUCGCAAGUUCGUGCAGGUGGCCAACCUGCGGCGGCACCUCAGGGUGCACACGGGCGAACGGCCCUACCAGUGCUUGAAUUGCCCACAGCGAUUCUCCGACUCGAACCAGCUGAAGGCACACAACUUGAUCCACACAAACGAAAAGCCGCACGAGUGCAAACGAUGCUCCCUCCACUUCCGGCGCCGGCACCACCUGAACCACCACAAGUGCAGUGCACCAGAAGAAAACACGUUGACCAGCAUGGGCUCCUCGCCCGUCGAAACCAUCGAGGAUGACGACAUGGAGAGCAGCACCUCGCAGUCGGACAAUUUCACACCGAUGGAAAUUGUGCAAGAACGAAGCGUCGUGCGCGUCAACAGCACUUUGCAGGUGCCGUACGAGUCUACUGAACAGUUGGUGCCACCAGUGCAGACAGAACCAGAAGAUUUGUCGAUGACCAAGAUGCUCAGCAACAACAACAACAACAACGACGAGGAAGGACAGCGUUUUGUCAAUGAUUUCGGUUGCACAUCAAAAAACAACGGGUUGCUGCCGAGUUGGUCGCGACUCUCCUAAUGGUAGCCGAAUCAAACUAGUAGGUUAGAGAGAGAGAUAGAACAAAACCUCACAUUAUAAAUUGCUCACUAAACCCAAAAGGUCGACUUUGGAACGUUAACCUAUAUCAAAUUAGGAAUUUCGUUGCAAGGAAGAGUGGGGCGGACUGAAAACAUUUUCACGCUGGCUGCCGAAUCACGUUGCGCAGUAGACACGCUAAUAAUGCAGGGUUUUCCAAAUCCGUAAAAUUACAAUUUGUCCGCGGUUUCCCAGAUUUGACCAAAGGGGAAAAACAUAAAAUAUUCAUUUUUCAACAUAAUUUACUCGCAAAAUUAAUUUUUUUGUUCAUCCAAGACACAAUUUUAUGAGUCUUGCAGCAACUACCUGUCCCCAUAAUUUAAUAAAGAUAAUUUAAUACAAUAUCCCAAAAACCAGUUUCUUACAAUUUAAAUAAUUCGAAGAAAUGCGUGGUUCGGCCAAUCUUGUUGUUGUUAUUUGUAUGCUGGGUUUAUCAUUCUAACCAGCUCAUAUUAUUAAGGCAUUCUCAGGAGUAUCAGAGCAGUUCGGGGAUUAUUAAUACUGGCUGCCCUUUGUCAGUGAGAUGGCAAAAGGUGGUUAGUUUAGAGAGACUCAAAAUGUGGGCUAGGAGACGCACCGUCUCCGACUCGCCACUUGCUGGUUUGCGCACCUUUCCAGCAGGUUUCGGGACGAAUGUCUGGCGUUUUAAUUUAAAGACCUCGGUGCGGGAGGCGAAAAGAUGGCCAGAUUGGGCCCAAGCUCCUCUGCGGCCACCCGGUUCCAUGUUAUGUGUGCGCGCAGACCUGGGACCUGGUGAGCUCAAGGCCACGGCGAGUGCUGAGCAGAGGUUGUUACAAAAUUAGAAAAUUGAGACAAAUCUACUGCGAACGACACCAGUAUAUAAGGAGGUGAAAAUAUUAUUUUGUAAUGAAAAGUGUUUGCGCAAGUGCCAAGUAAUUUGUGCCCAGUAAACAAAUUAGAUCAUAUUGUGUACAUAUAGUUGGUAAGUUGGUCGGUAUUUGUCACACAAACAGUUCCUUGGUCAAUCGAUCAAUAUGAUUCUCAUUGUUCCUCUUUUUUGCGAAAGCAACAAACAAAUAACUUUAUUACCUCAGUGGCGCGAGGCCGGCACGCCUUGGGCUACCUCGAACAUUGUGAUGAGGAGGCGUGCACAAUCCUUUGCCGCCCUUUUCCCAAUACGUUAUUCCUUUUUUUUAUUAUUUCAAAUUGUGCCAAAAACGUCCUAUAUGCCGUCUAUUAUGUGGUGCAACUUAUUUAAUCUCGCGGCGUGCAAUUCGUGUGCACGCCGCGAGAUUCAUCAUUUUUGGUUGUGAAGACGGGAAUUGAACGGAGUUAAAUCAGGCUAAUAGUUUCUUUCAUGAAGCAAGAUGUAAAAAUUAUUUGAUUAAAGUCUGGACGUUUUGUGAAAAGCCAAUAUUAGUUGAGCUAAAAAAACGUCCAGACUUAUUUCAACCUUUUAACAAACGCAGAGUGCUGCGCUUUGGUCUCCGUUCAACUCCCUCUUUUUAUUUCUGAUUUGCAGCGCUUAUGUUACGCCUCUGGCGACUCGAGAAACAAAAAUAAACUAUCCUCUCGGCCCUUUUA